AUUGCAAACUACUAUUAAAGCUCCGCAAACUUCUUCCUUUACUCUACCGCUCAGCCUCUCUCUUUCUCUCUCGCCCACACGCACGCACGCACCAUUCUUUUUUCUCCUCCUCCAUCCAUGGCAGACACCACUAGUUUCUCUGCUCUUUCAAAGCCUUCUUAUUCCUUGAAACCUAACCCUCAAAUACCCCAAAAGGCCCCUCUUUUUAUCCUCCCCAAAACCCCUCAAAAACCCUCUCUUUUCCCUCAAAAACCCUCUCUUUUCCCUCAAAAACCUUGCCUUUCUCACACCACCCACAAAACCCACAUCAGUCUUUCCUCUAAAAAUCCAAUCUCUGACCUUGUUUCCACAAACAAAAAGAGCCCAGAUGAUUUGUCUUCUUAUUUUGACGAUGAUGACGAUAAGCCUCGCGAAGAGUGUGGUGUUGUAGGUGUCUAUGGUGACCCUGAAGCUUCGCGUCUUUGCUAUUUAGCCCUUCAUGCUUUGCAACAUAGAGGUCAGGAAGGAGCUGGUAUUGUUGCUGUUAAUGAAAAUAAGGUCUUGCAAUCUGUUACUGGUGUUGGUUUAGUCUCUGAAGUGUUUAAUGAGUCAAAACUUGACCAAUUACCUGGUGAUUUAGCUAUAGGUCAUGUUAGAUAUUCAACUGCCGGGUCUUCAAUGCUUAAAAAUGUGCAACCUUUUGUUGCUGGUUACCGGUUUGGUUCUGUUGGGGUUGCCCAUAAUGGGAAUUUAGUGAAUUAUAGGAAAUUAAGGGCUACGCUAGAAGAUAAUGGUUCAAUUUUUAACACUAGUUCUGAUACUGAAGUUGUUCUGCAUUUGAUUGCUACAUCAAAGGCUAGACCUUUCUUUAUGAGGAUUGUUGAUGCUUGCGAGAAGCUAGAAGGGGCUUAUUCUAUGGUGUUUGUCACCGAGGAUAAGUUGGUGGCCGUGAGGGACCCUUUUGGUUUUAGGCCUUUGGUGAUGGGAAGGAGGAGUAACGGUGCUGUUGUGUUUGCUUCCGAGACUUGUGCUCUUGAUUUGAUUGAGGCCACAUAUGAGAGAGAGGUUUAUCCUGGUGAGGUUUUAGUGGUGGAUAAAGAUGGGGUUCAAUCACUUUGCUUAAUGCCCCACCCUGAACCGAAACAGUGCAUAUUUGAGCAUAUUUAUUUUUCUUUGCCUAAUUCAGUAGUAUUUGGUAGGUCUGUUUAUGAGUCAAGGCACGUUUUUGGGGAAAUACUGGCUACCGAGGCUCCUGUUGACUGCGAUGUGGUGAUUGCAGUCCCAGAUUCUGGGGUGGUGGCUGCACUUGGCUAUGCCGCGAAAGCUGGUGUCCCUUUUCAGCAAGGGUUGAUAAGGUCGCAUUAUGUAGGAAGGACUUUUAUUGAGCCAUCCCAGAAGAUUAGGGACUUUGGUGUUAAGCUUAAGCUAUCUCCAGUGAGGGGAGUCUUGGAGGGGAAGAGAGUUGUGGUUGUGGAUGAUUCAAUUGUGAGAGGAACUACCUCGUCGAAAAUUGUUAGGUUGCUUAAGGAGGCUGGGGCUAAGGAGGUCCAUAUGAGGAUUGCUAGUCCACCAAUUAUAGCUUCUUGCUACUAUGGAGUAGAUACACCAAGUUCCGAGGAGUUGAUAUCUAACAGAAUGAGCGUGGAGGAGAUUAGGGAGUUUAUUGGAUGCGAUUCGCUUGCAUUUCUACCAUUGGAUAGCUUGAAGAAAUUGUUAGGUGAUGAGUCUCCGAGCUUUUGUUAUGCUUGCUUCUCUGGGAAUUACCCUGUUCAGCCAAAGGAGGUUAAGGUGAAAAGGGUCGGUGAUUUUAUGGAUGAUGGAUUGAAUGGAAGUCUCGAGUCCAUUGAUGGGAGCUGGGUGCAAGCACCCCUAAAUCAAGAGGUGCAUAAAGUUAGUGAAGUCGGGAAGUUGUCUUCUUUGCAGAAUUGAUGGAUUUUGGGUCAUGACAGCAGGAUUUAUUAUUAUUUAUUAUGUGAUGUGGUCAGGUGGUAGAUGACUUAUCUAAUGAUCUCAGUACAAUCUAGGUGUGCUGCCUUGGAUUAAUUAAGGUUCCAAAAGUAGAAGCUGCACAAUUUUGUUUGGCAUUCUAAAUUUUGCAAGAUUUAAUCCUAAAAGUGCUUGGUUUUAUUAUUUUUUCUUAAUGGUGUAUCGGCAUCGACAGGGCUUUUUUAUACAGGGAUAAGUGCUCCAUCAAAGUUCUAUCUGUGGGAGUUUUCUAA